AUUAGUAAUACGUAUCUGUAUUGUUAGGUUUCUCUCUUUUUAACUCUCUGGGCUGUAAAUCGCGUAACGCACACAGAAUUUGGAACUCCUCUCCUCUUACCUUUUAUCACCACCACCAAUCAUUUCGAAGGUUUUUGAGAAGAAGAAGAAGAUCCAUCAGAAAGAUAGAUAGAUAGCUAGCUAGAUAUCAUCUAUCAAUAUCUAUAUCACCCGUUUAUUUGACAAAGUAAAGUAAUCAUCGAUGGCAACAUUUGCAGGGACAACUCAGAAGUGUAAAGCAUGUGAUAAGACUGUGUACUUGGUGGAUCAACUCACCGUUGAUAACAAAUUCUAUCACAAGGCUUGUUUUAGAUGCCACCACUGCAAGGGUACCCUCAAGUUGAGCAACUAUUCAUCCUUUGAAGGUGUUUUAUAUUGCAAGCCUCACUUUGAUCAACUUUUCAAGAUGACAGGCAGCUUGGAUAAAAGUUUUGAAGGCACUCCGAAAACUGUUAGAGGUGACCGGUCUGCCGAUCAGGUCCUUAGCAACAGCAAAGUUUCAAGUAUGUUUGCUGGAACUCAAGAAAAAUGUGUUUCUUGCAAUAAAACUGUUUACCCACUCGAAAAGGUGGCAGUUGAUGGGACAUCUUAUCAUAAAGCUUGUUUCAGAUGCGCUCAUGGAGGCUGUGUCAUCAGCCCCUCCAACUAUGUAGCCCAUGAGCAUCGUCUGUAUUGCAGGCACCAUCAUAAUCAGCUCUUCAAGGAGAAGGGAAACUUCAGCCAAUUCGGCAAACAUGAACAUCUUACACCAGUGGAUGAGACUGCAACUGCUGAAUGAUACUGUAUAAUUUUCUAUAAACUAUUGUGUGUGAUAAGUACUCAGAGAGCUUUAUUUCCAUGUAGAGUCGGAUGCAAUUUGCUGAAGUGCAUGAAAAGCAAUAACAAGCUUGUAGUAUGUUUUGAAAAAAACGGUAUUCAUUUUGGGAGUUCCAGCUUGUUGCUGUAACAUUUUGAGUGUGAGUUUCGAACUUAUAACAAGCUGAGAUGUGUUGAAAAUAAAUACAGAAAAUACUAUAAUUUCUGUAUUUAUUUUCAAGCUGAAGCUUAUUUCUAUGGAUGCAGUGUCUUGUUUGUAA